AUAGCAAGAGAACUGGAGACAAACCGGGAAGAAUCAUAAUGAUGAUCUAGGUUUCUCUACUGAGACGUUUUAAAAAAUUUUUUAGACCAGUGCUUUGCAAGGAAUCAGUAUCCGAGAAGCUAUCUAAAGAUUCUCUUAAGAGACAAAUUCUCUUAAGGCUGAAAUCUGAAAGGUUUUAGGAUGGGUUCUGGAAGAUCCCAAGGUUUGAAUCUCUGGGAAACUCUGGAAUUUAUGCAUUCCACCAUGAUGAAGACAUCUGGAAGAAAUAAACACCACCUACAACAUUUACGUGUAUGAAAGACUACAUAUCAGGCCAAGCUUUGAUGCCAGCAGGAAUUCUGAAGAGCCUCAAGAAUGUACCCGGGAAUAAUGAGUAGUAUCUACUGUGGCAACUCUUCAGCUAAGAUGAGCGUCCAUGAAGUCUCCACUUUCUCGUUGACUCUGGAGCAAAAGACUGGCUUUGCUUUCGUUGGGAUUCUGUGUAUCUUCUUGGGACUUCUUAUUAUCCGAUGCUUCAAAAUUCUGUUAGACCCAUAUAGUAGCAUGCCUUCCUCCACAUGGGAAGAUGAAGUUGAAGAGUUUGACAAAGGGACAUUUGAAUAUGCGCUUGCCUGAGAGUUCCGACUUUUGCUUCUUAUGGUUAUGCCAGUGGGACACGUGGGGGAUAUAUUUGUGAUUACCUUGUGUGUGCCAGACAAGACCUCCUUUCAUUCACUGAAUUCAAUAAACAUCUGUGAUUGCUUUA